GUAAAGAGGGAAAGGACACAGAGAUUUAAUGAAAGCAGUGCUAUUUAUAUAUUUAGAACAGAAAGUUUUUUUAAAAAAAUAGUUAAGUUUUCAAAGGUCAGUUUCCAUGUUUGACGUUUUAUAGGGCAUUAUAAGAUAACGGAUCGAGAACUGUUCCCGACAAUUCAGUUUCUUCUGUCAGUCAGAGCUGGGGAGCUGUGGUGACAGCAGCUCUCAGUCACACACUCAAACACCCACUCACACACAGGAAGCAGCCGACACCGUCUUAACGCACACACCAAACAGGGAUUUUGCCAACAAAGGUUUUGUUCCCAUUCCACCUCAAGAUUGUAAUCUCAAGUUCUGCACUUCACUGGGGAAGGUUGGAGUUGGUCCAGAGAUGGUGAUGCCUGCAAUGCGAUCUAACGUAACCGUGUCAAAGACCAUCAGAUGCUGCCUGACUUGCUGAGUUCCUCCAGCAUUUUGUGCGUGUCGCUUGAAGUGAUCUGGCUUGAUCCAAUAAAAGCCAAUAUCUCGCCUCAUGUCUCGGAGAGUUAUUGAUGGUGCAUCAACAACGCAGAUAGGAGGAAAAUGAAUAGCUUUGACAACAAUGCAGCUAACCAGGAAGGGUGGGACAAAAAAGUGCUGGAAUAACUGAAGCCCAUGAAGGGAAAAGUCCUCAGCAGCUGGAAUCACCUUGCGUAAAGGAAGAGUUGUGAUUGUUGGAGGGUCUGCAGGAUCUCUGUACGGGAUUUGGAGAUGACAGCAUUGUAGGCUGAACAGUGUUCAGAUGGUUCAGCCUUGAUCUUCUGACCCUAUACCAUUGGAAGUUUAUUCAACCAACUGGGUCAUGUAGAAUCCUGUAACUUGGGACGACCACGAUGGGAAAUUCUAUAUGGAGUGGAGCUGGUCUUCAACCUUGCCUGCAGCGAUCUAUUUGACUAUUAAUUGGUUUCUGGUCCUUGAUGAGAUUAAAGUGCAGUUAAUCUACGUUAGAAAUCUACAGUGCAAAAAGAAGCUAAAAACACUGGAUAUUUCGAUUGUCUUGACUCAGCCGAAACUUAAUUUAAUUCAGAAAUAUUAGCACUGCUAUACCUGCCACAAAUAUUUUUUACAAAGCUGCAAGCAAUACCGUAUGCGCAAUGGGUGACAUGACGAACAGUGCAGUGGAUUUCUAUCCAAAGAACCAAAGAAGUGAAUCUAACCAUGCAGGUGAAUUUGGGUGUUCUCUCAAUGAACUUCGCUCUCUUAUGGAGCUACGUGGAUCAGAGGCAGUGCAAAAGAUACAAGAUACCUAUGGUGAUGUGAAUGGAUUCUGUAGACGUCUAAAAACUUCACCAACAGAAGGUUUAGCUGGCAAUCCUGUAGAUCUUGAAAACAGAAAACGGAUUUUUGGUAGAAACUUUAUACCUCCAAAAAAGCCAAAAACUUUCCUACAGUUAAUCUGGGAAGCACUACAAGAUGUGACCCUAAUCAUCCUAGAACUUGCAGCCAUUAUCUCCUUGGGCCUCUCAUUUUAUCAACCACCUGGAGAAAGAAGUGAAAUGUGUGGCAGUGCUGCAGGUGGUGUGGAAGAUGAAGGGGAAUCUGAAGCAGGCUGGAUUGAAGGAGCUGCCAUCCUGCUCUCUGUUAUCUGUGUGGUUUUUGUGACUGCCUUUAAUGACUGGAGCAAAGAGAAGCAGUUUCGAGGUUUGCAAAGCCGGAUUGAACAAGAACAGAAGUUUGCCGUUGUCAGAGGAGGCCAGGUCAACCAAAUUCCAGUGUCUGAAAUAGUUGCUGGUGAUAUUGCACAAAUUAAAUACGGUGAUCUGCUUCCUGCAGAUGGAGUGUUAAUUCAGGGAAAUGACCUUAAAAUUGAUGAAAGUUCUUUAACUGGAGAAUCUGAUCAUGUCCGCAAAUCUACAGACAAAGACCCCAUGCUACUUUCUGGUACCCAUGUUAUGGAGGGCUCAGGCAAAAUGGUGGUUACAGCUGUAGGAGUUAACUCUCAAACCGGCAUCAUCUUCACACUGUUGGGUGCAGGUGGUGAGGAAGAGGAAAAGAAAGACAAGAAAGGUCGAGCAAAAGAAGACGGACGACGAUUACCAGUAGCAUCUCCCCAGCCUCCUCCCCAUGCUAUUCCCCCCCAGCCCCUGUCUACUUCAGGUGCAGAUGGUGCAACAGGUGAAAAUGCCACUGACAGCACAAAUGCCAGCUUAGUCAAUGGCAAAUUGCAGGAUGGAAAUAUGGAUAACAGCCAGAAUAAAGCCAAGAAGCAAGACGGUGCAGCUGCCAUGGAGAUGCAACCCCUGAAGAGUGCGGAAGGAGGCGAUGGAGAUGAAAAGGAGAAGAAGAAGGGUGGCACGCCCAAGAAGGAGAAAUCUGUGCUGCAGGGGAAGCUCACCAAGCUGGCAGUGCAGAUAGGGAAAGCGGGAUUGGUAAUGUCGGCAAUCACAGUUAUUAUUCUUGUGCUAUACUUCGCCAUCGAUACUUUUGUGAUUCAAAAGCUGCAGUGGCUGCCUGAAUGCACUCCAGUGUACAUCCAAUUCUUUGUUAAAUUCUUCAUUAUUGGUGUCACUGUUCUUGUCGUGGCUGUCCCAGAGGGUCUCCCACUGGCUGUCACCAUCUCUCUCGCCUACUCUGUGAAGAAAAUGAUGAAAGACAACAAUCUAGUCAGGCAUUUGGACGCCUGUGAAACCAUGGGCAACGCAACGGCUAUCUGCUCUGACAAAACGGGCACUUUGACCACAAACCGAAUGACGGUGGUGCAGGCCUAUAUUGGUGAAGUCCACUAUAAAGAAGUCCCUGACCCUGAUGCCCUCCCAUCAAAAUCUCUGGAUAUGCUUGUAAAUGCAAUAUCUCUCAACAGCGCUUACACUUCCAAGAUACUGCCUCCAGACAAGGACAUUGGUCUACCCCGCCAGGUUGGUAACAAGACUGAGUGUGGGCUGUUGGGACUUAUCUUGGACUUGAAGCAAGACUACCAAGCCGUCCGUGAUAUAACACCAGAAGAGAAGCUCUACAAAGUCUACACCUUCAACUCCGAGAGGAAGUCCAUGAGUACUGUAAUCAAAAUGCCAGAUGGAAGUUUCCGGAUGUACAGUAAAGGAGCCUCAGAAAUUGUCCUAAAAAAAUGCUCAAACGUCCUAAACAGUGCCGGAGAGCCACGGCCCUUCAGGCCUCGUGACCGUGAUGAGAUGGUGAAGAAAGUCAUCGAGCCCAUGGCUUGCGAUGGACUGAGGACCAUUUGUAUUGCUUACCGUGACUUUCCAGGUAGUCCAGAGCCUGAAUGGGACAAUGAAAGCAACAUUUUAUUAGACCUGACAUGUAUAGCUGUCGUUGGCAUUGAGGACCCAGUGAGACCAGAGGUUCCAGAUGCCAUCAGAAAGUGCCAGCGAGCUGGUAUUACUGUACGUAUGGUCACAGGCGACAACAUUAACACAGCUCGAGCUAUUGCUAUUAAAUGUGGUAUCAUUAAUCCAGGUGAAGACUUCAUCUGCUUGGAGGGCAAAGAUUUCAACAGGAGGAUCCGCAAUGAAAAAGGAGAAGUUGAACAAGAACGUAUUGACAAAAUCUGGCCAAAACUACGUGUACUUGCUCGUUCAUCUCCUACCGACAAGCAUACUUUGGUAAAAGGUAUAAUUGACAGCAUGCAUGGAGAACGGAGACAAGUUGUAGCUGUAACUGGUGAUGGAACCAAUGAUGGACCCGCACUGAAGAAAGCAGACGUUGGUUUUGCCAUGGGAAUUGCAGGCACUGAUGUAGCAAAGGAAGCCUCCGACAUUAUCUUGACUGAUGACAACUUUAGCAGCAUUGUAAAGGCUGUCAUGUGGGGCCGAAAUGUUUAUGACAGCAUCUCCAAGUUCCUGCAGUUCCAGCUCACCGUGAAUGUUGUUGCGGUUAUUGUGGCCUUUACUGGAGCAUGCAUCACGCAGGAUUCUCCAUUGAAGGCUGUGCAGAUGUUGUGGGUGAACCUCAUCAUGGAUACUUUUGCCUCCUUGGCCCUAGCCACAGAGCCACCUACAGAAGCACUGCUGAUGAGAAAACCAUAUGGCAGGGACAAACCCCUCAUUUCACGAACCAUGAUGAAAAAUAUUCUGGGUCAUGGGAUAUACCAACUUGCUAUUAUCUUCACUCUGCUCUUUGCUGGGGAGAGGAUUUUUAACAUCGACAGUGGCAGGAAUGCACCACUCCAUGCCCCGCCUUCAGAGCACUACACCAUCAUCUUUAACACAUUUGUCCUGAUGCAACUCUUCAACGAAAUCAACGCUCGCAAGAUUCAUGGAGAGAAGAAUGUGUUCGACGGCAUUUUCAGAAAUCCCAUUUUCUGCAGUAUCGUCUUCGGCACUUUUGCAGUCCAGAUUCUAAUUAUUCAGUUUGGAGGAAAACCUUUCAGUUGUACCCCUCUGGAAGUCGAUCAGUGGCUGUGGUGCAUUGUUCUUGGAUUGGGAGAAUUGCUAUGGGGACAGGUAAUAUCUUCCGUCCCUACCAAUCGAUUGAAGUUUCUGAAGGAGGCAGGCCAUGGAACUCAGAAGGAUGACAUCCCAGAAGAAGAACUUAAUGAAGAUGCUGAAGAAAUUGAUCACGCAGAGAGGGAGCUUCGACGUGGACAGAUACUUUGGUUCAGAGGACUAAACAGGAUACAAACUCAGAUCGAAGUAGUCAACACAUUCAAGAGUGGCACUUCCUUUCAGGGGGCUCUAAGGCGCCAGUCAUCCGUUACCAGCCAAAAUCAAGAUAUCCGCGUCGUGAAGGCAUUCCGUAGCUCUCUCUACGAAGGAUUAGAGAAACCGGAAUCAAAAUCCUCAAUUCACAACUUCAUGACCCAUCCCGAGUUUAGGAUAGAUGACUCACAGCCGCAUAUCCCCCUAAUCGAUGACACGGAUAUAGAAGAAGACGCUGCCCUUAAGCUAAACUCCAGUCCGCCCUCAUCCCCCAACAAGAACAACAAUGCUAUUGAUAGUGGAAUAAACCUUACAACUGACACCAGUAAAUCAGCUACCUCUUCUAGUCCUGGGAGCCCGCUACAUAGCCUGGAAACAUCACUUUAGCUGACCAUUUCUGUGCAAAAACAGAAUCUACAAACAAAAAAAAACCUGCUGGCUGAUAAACUGUUCUGAACGUGCUCUUCUAUGCUCUACAGCAAGAAGGGAAAUUGAAGGAAGGGUGAUUUCUUGUUUGGCUGACCCUCCUCAAGAUAGAGAUCCUGCAUGAAUGUACAUUUCCCAAAUUUCACUGGAAGGACCACAGCUGAGUGCAUCCAAGGCAACUUAUCCAAUCCACUGGUCUGUGACUUUUGAAGUGCUUGUGUGGCAUGGACUUAAUUGUAUAGAUUAAUUUAAGAAAAAAAAGAAACUUUAACAAUUGAAUUUGCAAAGCUCAACUUGCACAGUAGAAUUGCACCAAUUGAACAGAGGAACUUUCUAAGCAUUUAUGAAAUACCUACAGAGUUUAUCUUUGUUUCUUGGCAUGUUGCCCUGCUUAAUUGCUCUUACUUAUUUAUGUCCUUAAGAGAAUGUAAUUUGUUUACAAAACCUGUAGAUAACUUCCUUAAUUAUUUGUAGACUAUAAGUUCUGCUGAUAUGGUACAAGCAGCUUUUCUCGUUGAGUACAUCUGUAAUAUUGAAUUCUAGAUGUUUCAUUACAAUUGUGUACUGAAUUUGCCUGCUUUUUUGUUAAAUAUUGUAGAUAUUGCUAGCAGAAACAAAGAAGCCAAAAUAUAACAGGGAAAUAUUGUUCAAAGUGGUACACUAAUGUUAAUGAUUGUGGACUAAAAUGCAGCAUGGCUUCCUUUAUUUCCUAGAAUAUAUCUUUAGUACCUAAAGUCCUCUGGAUUUUUUUUUCCUUUUUCAUAUAAAUGCUUGAAUUUUAUUUUGGUCUUUCUCAAACUCGCAAAGGCCAACUUGAAAUGUAAUUUGAUUGAACUGUCUGCUAUAUAUAGACACCUGCUUGUUAAAAUAAGAUGCUUCAAAAUAACUGUAACUAUCCAAGCUUGUAAUGGGUUUAUUAGAGCUGAUUGCAAAAUAAGUUAUAUUUGGCUUUGUCUAAAUGGGCAAAAAAAUCAAAGUAGUGUUGAAAUCUUGUGAUAUUGUGUUGAUUUAUAAUUCUUUUCCCUUUGGUGGCUAAUUGGAUUUUUUAAAAUCACAACUUGAAGGCUGUCAAAAAUGGCGAAACAAUCUGGGUUGCUUUGUUUUUUUUUAAUUUUGUUUUUUUAAAAGAACAAUCUUCAUAAUCGGCACUCUGCAAAUAUGAAUGAAACUUUCUGUGAAGUAUUUAGAUGUGCUUUGCGUGGUUUUAUCAAGCUUGUCUUUCUGCGGACAUCAACUCAAUACAUCAUACCAUCCCAGCAGUAUGGUUUAACUCUACUAACUAUGCUUUUUUAAGUGGAAGCCAUUAAAAGCUUGUCACAAGGGUGAAACCAAAAGCGCUUCAAGAUGAUAACAGCCCUUUAUAUUUUUUAUCGGGGGAUUGGGGCUACAUGCCUAUUAAGCAGUAAGCAUAAAACAUUUUUUGCAUCACGGGCAGAGUAAAAGACUUUGUUUUUAAACUCUUAUUUUGAUUCUGUGGCUUGCAGAGGUCCAUUAAGAAAGACAAAAUAUUGAAGAACAGUCUGUGCUCUGCUAAAAAGGAACUUGCCUGUAAUUCUGAGUUCGGACAUUUCUGAAUUUGCCAGUAAAUCUUGUAUAUAUAUAUAGCAACACACAUAUACAAUAAGACACACUUAAAGUAAGACAUAUAAAUCUGGGCUUCUGUGGGCAUGCAUGUGUGGUGUAGCUUCCGUUUAAAAUCAAAUUAGAUGAAAUUUCAGCCAGUCACUAUCACAGGUCACAAGCUACAAAGACUUUUGUUUCUUUGGCAUCUGUUUAGUGAAGGACAGCCUAGAAUGAGGAAAUUGAAGGAUCAAUUUAUUAAGGUCAUUCUGCAAUACAAACUUGCUUGCUUCAACAUAAUGUAUUUAUCAGCAUGAGUUUUGUGAAAAUAAUAAAUAAUAAAAAAAAUUGCAGCAGAACAAUUGGCAAUGGGCCCUGACUGGCCAAUGACAUGAGUUCAUCCAUCUGUUUUUAUGAAUUUUUUACCCAGACAAUAAUUGUAAAUAAAGAACUAAAUGUCUAUGUUCAUUUAAUACUAUGCAAAAAGGUUAUGCUUUAUGAUUGUUAUUCUCAUAUUCCUACAAGUGUGUUGCUGGAAUGUUUGUGGUUUAAAAAGUCAGUAAACCAUGUGAUGUAAAUUAUUUUAUAGUUUUGAAAACCAUGAACUGGCUCUUGCUGCUAACUGUCAAAUGAAUAGAUUAUCUGGUGGCAGGAGCACAAGUGGAAACAAAACAAAAAAAAACAAUAAAUUCACAGAGCAGCAUGAAUUA